ACCCUCUUCGUAUCUAAGGUAAAUAUCAUAAGUUCGAAUUCUUAACUUAUAUUAUUUUACCUUUUCGAGAUUUACAAAGAAUUCAUCUUUGUUUGAGUCGAAAAUAUCUUAUAAAUCAACGUGCCAAUGCAAAUACAUCUGUGAUCAGUCAGCUCUACAUUCUCAUGGCUUUGUGGCUUCACUGGUAUUAGUUGCUUAGCAUAUUCUAAAUAUCAUUAUAACCGCACUUUCAACUCCUCUAUUCUCAAAAUUGAAUAAGUUUCGUAAGCACACGACUCACUGUUCCUAAUCUUUGCUCUAUACAUCCUCCCCACAUCCUCUCUCGAAGACAUAUCACAGGAUAACAGAAAUAUCCGAUUGUAUUCCACAAUGACAUCCACACCAUACAAUACAUAUGAUUUCAUUAUCGUAGGAGCCGGUCCUGCAGGUCUCUCGCUUGCAGCUCGACUCUCAUCAUCCUCUUCUCAUCCAUCUGUUCUUCUAAUCGAAGCUGGAGGUCCAAAUAACGAUCAACAAUAUCUUGUCCCCGCUGAAAGAUUCACAUUAUUUGGAACACAACCCUCCUUAAACUGGGGAUACAAAACAGAACCAUGUGAACAUUUAGCCGGACAAAAACUAGAUUACUCGAGAGGAAAAGGAAUUGGUGGUAGCACCGCUAUAAAUUUCUCCUGUUGGGUAAGAGGCGGAGCCGAAGAUUACGACGCAUGGGCUAAGAAAGUCGACGAUGAUACUUGGUCAUGGGUUAAUGUUAAAGAAAGAUUUAAGAAAAUCGAACAUUAUCAUGAUGAAGUAGCAGAUCAAUAUCGAGAAUUCGUGAAUCCGAAACCAGAAGAUCAUGGCACGAGUGGUCCUCUCCAUCUUUCCUAUGCUCCUGUUUGGGAAAAAGGUCUUACGGAUGUUUUUAUAGCGGCGAAACAAGCAGGUUUACCCUUAAAUCUUGAUGUUAAUUCGGGAAAUCCUAUUGGAAUGGGAAUGGGUUCUUCAUGUAUGUAUGAGGGACUUCGAACAACUGCUUCUUCAUAUUUAUCAUUAAUGGGUCCACGAUUCAAAACCAUUUUAAGCUCACCAGUGGCAAAAAUCCUAUUGGAUGGAAAGAAAACAAAAGGUAUUAGGACAAUUGAUGGUCGAGAAUACUAUGCACAUAAAGAUGUCAUUCUAUCAGCUGGUGCAUUGAAUAGUCCUCAACUUCUCCUGCUUUCAGGAAUAGGUCCUGCUUCUGAACUUCAAAAACAUAAUAUUCCUAUUAUUAAAAAUCUUCCCCAAGUAGGAAAGAACCUUCAAGAUCAUGCUUUUACAACUACGAGUCUUUUGCUCAAGGAAGGGUCGAAUGAUCGGAUGGAAUUUGAGAUGAGUGAAGAAAUGAAGAAGACAGCAAAAGAAGGUUGGAUUAAAGAUAAAAGUGGGAAGUUGGCUGAAUUGUAUUGUGGUGUUCCAAUGGGAUGGUUUAGGAAUGAUAGAGUUUUGGACUCGAAAGAAUUCGCCGAGUUACCAGAGGAGAAAAAGGCAUUUAUCAGGCAGGAGAAUGUUCCCAUUUUUGAAAUCGCUACAGUUCGUCCCCUACUCUUUUGUUUUUCUUCAUCUCCUUUUCAAAACAUCCUAACAUCCAUCUAGCACGUUCCACCUCUCUACACAGGAACCCACAUUCUCUCCCCAAAAGAUUGCUAUCUGACCUGUCUCUCAUUCAUCAUGAAUCCACAAGCUACAGGCAGUAUUACACUUUCCUCCUCCAAUCCCUCUGACCCACCGAUGAUCAACGCGAAUUUGAUGAAUCAUCCAUAUGAUCGAAGAGUAUUAAUUGAAGCUGUGAGAAAAGCAUUGGAAUUCUUAGACACACCAAUUUUUACAGAGAAGACUAUUAAGAUGAUUGGUGUUCCAGAGGGUGGUGUUGAGGCAGGGGAUGAGGAGAUUUGGGUUAGUCUUUCUUUCUUUCUUGCGUGUCUCUUUUCCAUGUACUUGCGAUUUUUAGCAUCAAUUGAUGCAGCUCUUUCCCACUCUAUUACCUUUCCCCAUUCAGUCUUCUUCUCUGAAUGAAGUCCCACAAGCUGACAUAAUCAAAGGAACACUGUCGUAAGAAUCUCUUUAGUAGCUGGCACAUGUCUAGCACGGUUCGUAUGGGCAAAGGUAAAGAUGAGAAUACAGCAUGUGUAGAUACAAAUUUCAGAGUAUUAGGAGUAGAGGGAUUAAGAGUUGUGGAUUGUAGUGUGCUUCCACUUUUGCCUAAGUGAGUUUUUCUCUUCUUGUUUUGUUUUGGGGGUUUUUUCUGCAUUUUUUGUUUCACGUGUCACAGAAGUUGAUUGUGAGGGGGAAGUGAGUAGAAAUGCGGGCAUGGGAAUGAGAGGAAAUGAGGGAGUGACGAAAUUGAUGAGUUAAAUGGUGGAUGAAUGAAAAGCUAAUAAAUGUCAAAAAUAGUAAUCAUACACAAUCAACAGCGUACCUAGUAGGUGAAACAGCAGCCGAGAAGAUAAUUGCAGAAUAUGCUUUGGAUUCAGUUAGGAAUUCAAACUUGAUGGAUGGUAACGGUGAUACGGAAUUCAGGACAACUCUUCCAGUUUGACUUUCGGGAAUCGAGUUCGGCGUAUAAAAGGAGAGCGGGUUUGGAAUGAGAUGUGAGAUACCUUACUUGGGUGGGGUAUAUACUAUAUGUCAUUGGAAGAUAUAUUUGGUAAUUCGGCUUUAGCAUUGAAUUGUUGACUUUUGACUUUUGACUAUUCUUCAUGAUUAGCUAUGAAAGCUAGGGUUGGUACUUGGAAGCUAGGAGUUACGAUUUCUGGUUUAUACAUAAUUAUAACAGAGAACUACACAAU